UUCAAUCACUCCACCCCAUUUGCGCCUCUUUUACCCUCCCUAAUUUAAGAAAACCUCUGCCUUGCAAAUCUACAAUUCCAAUUUAUCUCUCUCUUUGAUUAAUAUUGUUGAUUUAUUCUAUUUGGAUCUUCCAACAUCACUAAUAUUGUUGGUCUUGGGUCUCAUCGGCAGAUACAGUUCUAUGAUGCCUCCUGAGGCUAAAAAGCAUUGUUGUGAAUUUUUACCUCUUGAUGUACUUAGCAACCUUCCGGAGAAUGUAAUUGAUGCCAUUUUGAUGUGUUUGCCAUUUGGAGAUGCUGUGAGGACUAGCAUUUUAUCCAACAUAUGGAGAUAUAAAUGGUGCCGACUUCCAGAGUUGACGCUUGAUGAUUCUGUUUGGAAAACUAAAAAGAAUGUAAUAUUCCGUACAACUGAAAUUACCCAAAUUAUCUACCACAUUUUGGUAUUUCAUGAAGGACCAAUUACAAAGUUUACACUAUGUGUUCCUAAGUCGAGAAGUUGUCCUAUGAUUGAUGACUUGAUAUUUUUCCUCUCUAGAAAUGGCAUUCAACAUCUUGUUCUUAGACUUCCAUUCAAGGGCGACCCGUAUGAAUUGCCUCCUUCAUUUUUCAAAUGUUUGCAGUUGAGGCAUUUGACUCUCCAGAAUUGUUUAAUACCUCGUCCACCGACCUUCAAAGGAUUUGAUAGGUUAAUUAGCUUAGAACUAUCUGAAGUUACAAUUUCUUCCGAGCUGCUGGGAAGUUUAAUCUCUCGUUGCUUGUUGCUCGAGCAUUUGGUGCUGCAUAUCGCAGAAUCUUAUAGCAAUGUCGUUGAAAUUAAUGCUCCCAGGCUGAGAUCAUUUUUCUUCGCAGGCAGUAUGAGAUCUAUCUUUUUAAAGAAUAUUCCUCUUCUGGCAAAACUUUCACUUACAUUUAGUGAAACAGAUUAUUUGGGGACAGAAAAAUGGGAUAUUGUGAAGUUUUUUGAGUCUUUUUCUGCUCUUGAGCAUCUCUUCGUGAAUAUGUUAUUUGCUGCAGAAGCAAGUGAAGUACCAACAAGGCUUCCCUUUAAUCUUAACUGUGUCAAACGACUUGACAUUAAUGUUGAUCUGUAUAACUCAGUUGAGGUGUCAUGUGCUCUUUGCUUGAUAAGAAGCUUCCCAUAUUUACAAUAUAUGGAAAUUCAGGAGGCUCAUUAUAAAUAUGAUAUAGCAGAUAGAGUGGCACUUCCCUCAGAUGUCACGUUUAAUCACCUCAGGGAAGUUAAGCUAACACUUACUAGUGGCUCAACCAUUGAGAUGCAGCUUGCCAAGCUUCUGUUAGCCAAGUCUCCCUUGCUGGUGAGAAUGCUAUUCAAGUCAUGUUCAGUUAAAGUAUCUGCAACAGUCAAAAAGCUCGCUGCCGAGCUAACAAAAUUUCAAUGUGCAUCACCUAAAGCAGAAGUGGUCUUCAUCGAAAACUAGUACAUGAUUACAAUCCUUUUUAUUGAUCUUCAGGAGUCUUUAAUCGGACCCUAAUGUUUGGCUCGAAUAUUUUGCAAGUUAAAGUGAAUAGUUAGAAACUCUGAGCAUCAGUUUUGGGAAGUUUCGCGAAUCUGGGUGGAUGAUUUGACUUGUCUGUUGCAUAAUUUGUCAUUACAAUACAAAUUGCUGUUGGACUCACUUCUGUCUUCUCGAGUUGAUACCUUACAUGUUUAAUGUUUAUUGUGGGCUUGUGAUGUGUUAUUUUUCUACUGGGU